UUGCUAAAAUUAAUAUAUUCAUCGAGUGUGACCAGUGUAGCGAAUCAUUGAAAGAGCACAUUCAUAUGUUACGUCUGUUCCGGUGUAAAUAGCAUUCUCCGGUAAACGAGACCCAGUUUUCCCGGCCUAAGGUAACUCGGCGUGGGGUAUCUGAACGAACAAAAAAGUAAAAUAUCUCUACUGCGCUUCGCGUAACACGGUGCAGUCUACAUGGCAAGCGAAUAGGAGAAAGACGCGUUGUAGUGCAUAUCGGAGAGAAGAUCGAACGAAUUAAAGUCUCUAAGAUAAUUUCGUAUUGGUAUCGUCUACCCAUCAGUGAAAUGUUCGUUUAAUUAACUUCAAUAAUAGAAAUUUACUUUUAAUUUGAGGACAUGAAUGGGACAAAAGUGUUGGUUUGCAACAUUAUUAUCUGGCUAGUAACAUCGUCAAAAUUGUUAACUCGAGCCGAGGAGAGACUGAACAAUUCCCAAAUCAGCCUGAAUAAAACCCAAAGUUUGAAAAUCCUCCCGGGAAUCAAGUUUUUCGUGGCGGACAACGAAAUCAAUAUUCACGUGAGAGUCCACGACUUACUGCAAGAAACGGAAGUGCAAUCGCGGAAAAAAAAGGAUAAGAAGAACCCUUUACAAAAACUCGGAUUCAUGCUGAUGAUGACACCACUUAUCAUGCAGAUACUCUCUCUACCUGGAGCCAUAGCGGCCGUUAAAAUGUCACUUUUAAGGAGUAUCAUGGUGGCGCAAUUAGCAAUCGCAAUAAUGAUCUACAACCUAAUCAGAAGCUCACAAAAUUCGGAUGUAGUGGUAAUCCGUCAGCCGUAUCAUCCUGCACAUUAUCGUCACAGUCAUUCAAAUAACGACGAGGAGGACGAAUGGUUCGGUAGAUAAAGUACGUGUACGAGUGUGACAAUAAGAACAGUAUAUCCUCGUGAUACGGGACCGACAAUUGUGACUUCGGUUUUCCAAAGCGAUACAUUUGAAAGUACAGGGGACAUCUGUGAUAUAGAGUUCGUAACGCUCAAUGCAAAAUCAGUUUAUUAAAUUUUAAAAUUAUUUAUAUGCCUUACGUAUAAAUUAUUAAAUUACUUUUUACAC